AUUUAGUAUACAAACUACAAACCAUAUUGAAUAUCGUAUACGAAUAUUAGAAAUAAUAAAACGAAUUGUUGUAUUCCCUGAUACAAACUACAAAGUAAAUCAAUUCUGUAUGAUUCAAUGUUCUGUGAUGAUAGUAUCUGUGUUUUUGUAACUAUUUCUGUUAAUUAUUAUUAUUCACUUAUUUGUAUUUUAUAUAAUUUUAAAGAUCCUUUAUAGUUUAAAUUGCAACUAGCAACUCGCAAUCAUGAGCUAAGAUAAAAUUAUAUUAUGAUAAUUUAAUUUAUUUCAAAAAUAUUAAAAUAAAAUUAACUCUAAUAUACAAUUUAUCACUGUAAUAGACAUUAUUUGAAUAUAAAGGUAAAUAGUUUUUACCUUAAGCGUUUAUGGUGGAAAAAUCUGAAUCAAGUCAAUUAUUUCUUAUUAUUGUAAGUAAAAAUGACUGAACCAGUUGAAAAAGACAGUUCCAAGACGACUGAAGUAAAAAAAGUAGUAAAAAAUGCUACGGAUUUACAACGUUUGAAACUCGAAAGACUUAUGAAAAAUCCUGAUAAACCUGUUUAUAUACCUGAGCCACGAUCGGACAAAAAAUCUCCUCACGUUCCCGAAUUUGUAAGGAAUGUUAUGGGAUCAAGUGCUGGAGCUGGCAGUGGUGAGUUUCAUGUUUAUCGACACUUAAGACGCAAAGAAUAUGCUAGACAAAAACACAUACAAGUAAAAGCAGAAAAGGAACUUUUGGAAGAAGCCUAUCGUCAAAAAAUAUUAGAAAACAAACAAAUGGCUGAAGGGCGUACAGCUAAGAAAAGAGCAAAGAGAUUAAAGAGAAAAAAGGUUUUAAGGGAAAAAUGUAAGAUGUCCAAGAAAAGUAAUUCUACCAAUAGUGUUAGUGAAAAUGAAUCUACUAGUGAUGAUGAUGACGAUCAAAAUAAAACUGAGGCAUAAAAUAACACAAUAUUAUAAUGAAAAUAAUGUUUAUGUAAAAAGAUGUAAAUAAUA